AUGUCGUCCGAUGAAGAAGAAUGCUCUGUAGAGGAAACCACUCAAGAAACAGAAGAUGCUCCUCCGGAAGAACCAAAAGAAGAAGCGGAGCCUGCUGAGCCCCCAAAAUUGGAGGUGCCUUCUGACAUAUCCCAGCUUGAAGCCCCUGUGUUCACAACAAUACAACGGGGGCCUCCUGAACCUAUGCUUCGUCUGGAUUGGAGCCACCGAGCCACCUUGAUUGGAGAGAAAGUUCUCAACCCUAUGAUAUACUGCUGUGAUAUUUGCUCAAAACCAAUCCUUAUUUAUGGAAGAAUGAUUCCAUGCAAACAUGUGUUCUGCCUGUCUUGUGCCAGAUCUGAACAUACUCACUGCCCACGGUGUAGAGAGAAGGUUUUGCGGGUCGAACAGACUGGUCUGGGGACAGUUUUCAUGUGUACACAUUCUGGAACUAGGUAUGGAAAUACAGGUUGCAGAAGGACCUACCUGUCACAGAGAGAUUUGCAAGCCCAUAUAAACCAUCGCCAUGUGUCGUCGGGCCCAGUUGAAAAUAAACCUGAGCAAGAACCACCCAGCGCUGCUGUCGCCAUCGUCAAAACUAUGACUAUGGCGCCGUCGGCCAACGAUCCGCGCGCCCACCCGCUGGGCCUGGCCGCCCACGCCCACGCCCACGCGACAGGCGAGCGCCGCCCCGCCCGCACUAACCUCAUCACGGUGCCCAUACAGGACCAGACCGACUCGCACGGCUACUUCAACUACUAUCAGCAACCCCCGCAAUCCGUCGGGGCAAAUCCUCUCCCGCCAGUGACAUCAGUGCAGGUUUUGCCGCACAAUAUGAGCGUGCCGCCACCCUACUACGUGCCGCCCUACUCGGCACCGCCAGCGAACUACGCACCGCCCGGUGGUAGUAUGACGCCGAACGUGGCGGGCGUGUCGCCUAUGCCAGGUGGCGUGGGCCUCGCCGGUGUGGGCGUGGGAGGAGUGGGAGUGGGCGACGGCUCGCGCUGGCCCGAGGGCUACCAGCCGCCCACCGUCCCGGUGCAGCCGUGGCCCCACGCCCAGCAACACUACUACCGG